UCCUCUAACAUAUGUACUUCAUUUCCAGACUUUCACUGCCUGGUGCAACAGUCACUUAAGAAAAGCUGGCACAGGCAUCGACAACAUCGAAGAAGAUUUCCGCAAUGGCCUGAAACUGAUGCUGUUGCUAGAGGUAAUAUCGGGUGAGACGCUACCAAAGCCAGACAGAGGCAAGAUGAGGAUUUCACAAGAUAGCCAACGUUACAAAGCCUAGACUUCAUCGCCAGCAAAAGGGGUCAAGCUCGUAUCUACGCGCAGAAGAAAUCGUAGAUGGAAAUUUAAAAAUGACACUUGGUAUGAUUUGGACCAUUAUUUUAAGAUUCGCCAUUCAAGACAUUUCUGUAGAAGAAAUGACGGCCAAAGAAGGUCUACUGCUUUGGUGUCAACGUAAAACAGCCCCCUACAAGAACGUAAACGUACAGAACUUCCACCUGUCUUCAAAGAUGGUUUGGCUUUCUGCGCCCCUCAUUCACAGACACAGGCCAGACCUCAUUCGACUAUAACAAACUCUCCAAAGACAACCGCUGGAGAACCUCAAUACUGCCUUUGAUGUUGCUGAGAAAUACCUCGACAUUCCGAGGAUGUUAGAUCCGGGACGACUUACAGAACACAGCAAUGCCAGACGAAAGAGCAGUCAUGACAUAUGGGUCCUCCUACUACCAUCGGUUCUCUGGUGCACAGAAGGCUGAAACAGCAGCAAACAGAAUCUGCAAAGUACUCAAAGUUAACCAAGAAAAUGAAAGGUUAAUGGAAGAAUAUGAACGUCUAGCUAGCGAUCUUCUGGAAUGGAUCCGUCGCACGAUGCCAUGGUUGGCAUCUCGUCAAACCGACAAUUCAUUAGCAGGCGUCCAAAAGAAGUUGGAAGAGUACCGCACGUACCGCAGAAAGCACAAGCCCCCACGCGUCGAACAGAAGGCCAAAUUGGAGACCAAUUUCAACACCUUGCAAACCAACUUAGGCUGUCCAACAGGCCCGCUACAUGCCCACGAAGGAAAGAUGGUUUCGGAUAUUGCGAAUGCAUGGAAAGGCCUGGAACAUGCAGAAAAGGCGUUCGAAGAAUGGCUUCUCUCAGAAAUGAUGCGUCUGGAACGUUUGGAGCUCUGGCUCAGAAAUUCAAGCACAAAGCGGACGCUCACGAAGAAAUGGACCAGAGGCAAAGAGGAGAUGCUCCAAAGCCAGGACUUCAGGCAGUGCCGUUUGACCGAACUGAAGGCUUUGAAGAAGAGCACGAAGCGUUCGAAUCGGAUUGCCGCCCACCAGGACAGAGUCGAGCAGAUCGCCGCCAUUGCGCAAGAAUUGAACACUCUAGAGUACCACGAUAGCGCGACCGUGAACGCACGCUGCCAGCGAAUCUGCGAUCAAUGGGACCGCCCUGGGUGCUCUGACCCAGCGCAGGAGACAGGCAUUGGACGAAGCCGAGCGCAUCAUGGAGAAGAUCGACAUCCUCCAUCUGGAGUUCGCCAAACGGGCAGCUCCAUUCAACAACUGGUUGGACGGAACCAGGGAGGACCUGGUGGACAUCUUCAUCGUACAUACCGUCGAGGAGAUACAGGGGCUGAUCGACGCACACAAUCAUUUCAAGGCAACAUUAGGAGAAGCAGACAAAGAAUACCAAAGCAUUGUAGGACUGGUUAGAGAAGUUGAAGCCAUCGUUAAGCAGCACCAAGUACCUGGAGGUUUGGAAAACCCCUACACAACUUUGACAGCUCACGAUUUGACAAGGAAAUGGGGAGAAGUUAGAACUCUCGUUCCCCAGAGAGAUGCUACUCUACAGGCCGAACUUAGAAAGCAACAGAGUAUCCUUUUACUGUUUUGGUCGUAUGGCUUAAUGAAGAUUUUAUGAUUAAAUUCAAUCAGUUCAAGAUAACAUGGAGUUUCUGACUCUCAGAAAAUAUCAGAUAUACUGCAAACAAAUAAGUGGUUGAAUGCUCCCACGAUACGUAUUGAACUUGUGUGGACAGGCGCAAAAAACAGUUCAGUACUCUCAGAACUCAGAAACUCUUGUUCUUUCAUUGAUAGGCGACAAAUCAAAUCACUAAUUGAUACUGAAGUAGAUUGGAUGGUUUGCGGAUUUGAAAAACAAUUUUGGGUUUGUUUGUUUGUACUCAUGUCCAUGAAUGUUUCCUUAACUACUGCAAUAUAGAUAACGAAACUCUUAGACGUCAAUUUGCUGAGAAAGCUAAUGCUGUGGGGCCAUGGAUUGAACGUCAACUGGAUGCUGUUACUGCUAUUGGAAUGGGAGUUCAUGGAACACUGGAAGACCAACUGCACAGACUUAAAGAAUACGAACAAGGAGUUUAUGCUUACAAGCCACACAUUGAAGAACUGGAAAGGGUGCACCAGGCUGUACAGGAAAGCAUGAUAUUCGAAAACAGGUA